UUUCUAUUCACCUGUGUCUUCUCUGUCUUCUCUCACCUCGAAACCCUAAAUCGCCGCUUAUUCUUCGACAGCGCGCCACUUCCCGAUCAGGCCACGCCGGAGCGCCCCCGACGUCGUUGUCCGAUUCAUCCGGAGAGCAAGCCCCAUUAUUUACCGGAACUGUAGAACGGCGUGAUUCGUUCCCGCGCCGGAACGCCCGUUCCGACCGUUCCACGUCCGUUCCGACCGUUCCACGUCCGUUCCGACGAACGAGGCCCCUUCUCUCUUCGCCUCACCUCUUCAAAUUGCUUGCAGCCUUGAGGAUCGCCACAGCGGCGGCUCAAUAUGAAGAAGUAUGGACUCCAGCUUCGAGUUCCACCGGCGAACAAAUCCUCGAAGCCUCCUCCUUCUCGCCCUCCACCUCCUGCCUUCGGUUUUGGUGAUGACGAUGAGGAUGACGUUGAAAGAGAAAUAUCUCGACAAGCGUCCAAGAAUAAGGCUCUGCAGAAGAUUGAGGAGCAGCACAAACAGGCCAUGGAAGAGGAUCCCUCCGUAUUUGACUACGAUGGGGUUUAUGAUACGAUGAAAGAGCAGGCUGCACGCCCUAAGAUUCAAGAUCGGACCGAUAGAAAGUCAAAAUACAUAGAAACACUUAUGGAGAAGGCAAAACAACGUGAGCGUGAACAUGAAAUUGUAUAUGAAAGGAAGUUGCUGAAAGAGAGAAGUAAAGAAGAUCACCUUUAUGCCGAUAAGGAGAAGUUUGUAACCAGUGCCUACAAGAAAAAGCUAGCAGAACAGGCAAAAUGGUUAGAAGAAGAGAGGCAGCUCAAAAUUCGUGAGGAAAGGGAAGAUGUAACAAAGAAGAGUGAUCUUAGUGACUUUUACUUUGGUCUCAAAAAGAAUGUAGCUUUUGGUGCUCAAUCGGCAGAGACCACAAAAAUGCAUGAAAGAGAGCCGGCAAAAGAUACUCCAAAGCAAGCUGAUUAUAGCCCUACUGAAACUAGUGCAAGUAGAGACAAUAGCAAAAACAGAGAGCAAGACGGUACUCAAGCUGAGUCUUCUAGUCAUUCACCCUACAAAUCAAAUAAAGUUGCUGCUGAUCAUGCAAGUGAGCAGUCCACAGCUUUAGAUGGAAAGAAUGAACCUGCAGCUCCAGUUACAAACAAUGAGCAGUACAAGAGAAAUGAGGAUGCAGUGGCAGCUGCCAGAGAGCGUUAUCUAGCUCGAAAAAGGGCAAGAGUGCAAAUUUAGAGCACCGGAGCCAAUUCUUCAUUCAAAUCUCCUGAAUUUGGCUCUCUUUGGCACACUAUUGUUCUUGGAACUGGAGACCUUUGGACCUUUCCAAAGCGGCACAAGGUAGUCACUUGGACAAAAGUCAGCUGAGCAAUGUGUUCAACAAAUUGUGUUUGUUUAAGCAUCACGAUACCACCAUGUUGGUGUGAUUUCCCACCUGCAGCGGAGAAUAGGAACAAUUUCAUCAUUGAUUAUCCGAGUGUAGUUUUGUUUCUGUUGUACCUUGUUUAUUAGAGUUGCCUUGAGAAACCACAUUAAAUUGUCAUGCUUCAAGAUGUUUAUCGAUUUCUUUGCAGCCUGUUUAUUCAUA